GUCGGAAGCUGUCUUUCCAUGAUCUAGGAGCCGUCGCCGUCGAGAGCUGAGGCGAAGCAACAUAGAAGACGAGGGGGGAGUGCGACUCCUCGUGACUUGUGAGGGAGAGAAGCCAUGGCGGAGAUGGAGCCGAGCAUCGGGAACCAUAUGGCCGAAGACCAACCGACUCCGGCCGCCUCCACUGUCGAGGAGGCCGCUAUGGAUGCAGAUACCAGCGGCGAGCGGCGUAGCGCUGCCGCGUUGGUGGGCCUGCUCCGCGGGUUCCUCGCCGUGCAACAGCGCCGGGCCGAGGCCUACUCCACGCUACGAAGGGGUUUUUCUGAGUAUAUGGCUUAUGGAGGUGAAUUGGCCUAUCAACAACUGUGUGGCAAUAUUACAGCGGAGUUCAAUGAUUGCUCAAAACAAGUCCUUGAAAUAAUUUCCCUGCUCUCAAUGCCAGAAUUUAGUCGCAGCGAUCUUGCCGAUUUACUGAAGGGUGUUCAAGCACAUGAGAAAGAGAAGUUGCAUUUGACAGCUAAGAUUCAGGUGCUGAAGAAAGCCGGCAGGCCUUCAGAGCGCCUGGUGAACCACGCAGACUGCAGGUCGCGCAGCAUGGCCCAGCACGUGUGCGUGCACGUCAAGGAGAUCACGGAGGCCGCCGGCACCGAGGACGCCGAGGCGGAUGCGGAGUAUGACGCGGCCCUCAAGGAGGCCAUACAGGGCGUGCAGGUUGCCGUGAGCAGCAUAAACGAACACAUGGAGGAGGUGCGCUACGAGAUUGACGGACUCGAGGCAGAGACGAUCGGUAGCAAGUGGAGCGAAGUCGAGGAAGCGUUCCCUGGUACCCUGUCUAUAAAAUAGAUAGAUGAGAUGAGAUGAGAUGAGAUGUUGAGCGUGGAAGACUGAAGAAGAAUCACGAACAGAGAGAUUCGAUGUGAAUUUUUGGGUACUGUUCAGUUCAGGGUACCCGUGUUAUUAUACGUCCUCCAAUCCAAAAUUUAGUUCUUUC